GAAAUAUAAUUAUGGUGAGAACUCCUUGCUUUGACAAAGAUGGGAAGAAGAAAGGAUCAUGGAGUUUGGAAGAAGAUAAUAAGUUGAAAGCUUACAUCCAUAAAUAUGGCAUUGAGAAUUGGCGCCAGAUUCCCAAAUAUGCUGAUCUAGCUAGAUGCGGAAAAAGUUGUAGAUUGCGAUGGGUUAAUUAUUUAUGUCCGAGUGUGAAGCGAGGGAAUUACACUAAAAAAGAAGAGGAAACCAUCGUCAAAUUGCAUCAAAAACUUGGAAAUCAAUGGGCGGUCAUAGCUAAAGAACUCCCUGGAAGAACCGAUAACGAGAUAAAGAAUUACUGGCAUACACACAUUAAGAAAAAAUUAAAGUUACCAAAACAAAAUCAUAAUAGUCUAGGCAAAACUCCCACCUAUUAAAACAUCAUUUGGAUUUGAGAAACCUACUGAAACAUUUG